CGAGUCACGCCUGAGCCACAUCAAGGCGUACCAGUCAUGGCGGACUGACCCACUUGGGUACAUGGCGUACGGGCAGGUCAACUGUAAAAAAGACACCGCACACUAUCCCGCGAUGUGGAAGUACACAUCGAGUUGCAUCCAAUACCAAUUGACGGAGAGCACAGAAAACCUGAGGAUCCUUAGGCUGUGUGGCGUGUACACCCAGGACCCCGAAAGUGACAGACACGUGUUACAAAAGCCUGUCGAUGUGUACAACACAGCGCUGUCGUAUGGAGCGCUGAUGCUGGGGUUGACCAACUGGGCAGCAAUGGAGCUUGGGGUGACUGUCUAGAUGGCGAUGCUUACCUGAUGACUACCUGAGUCUUUGGCCGCUGCUCACUAAUGGCUUUGUGAUUGAGACUUCGGAGCACACUGACAGACUAGUCGACGAAGUGGACUGGCAACACCGUUGGGGAUGGCUGAUGAAUCAGUGGAAAGAUGCGGCAGACGUAAACUCAGCCUGGCUAGACACACACUACAGCUGGAAUGUCCCAUGGUGGUACGUCGCUGCAGUCGCGGAUAAAUUCGGGCACAACUUCACCUGUGCCACGGACCCUGACGGUGAGCUGAUCAUGGAUGAGGACUACUCGCUUUCGGACAACAUGUUGGGUUGGCUAAUUGAACCAGCUAAAAGCACCCAAUUCGAUCUGAGUUUGCUGACAUCAUCCAGCCAGUACGAGAUGAGGGUCAGAAAAAGCAAGCCAGCGUACUUCGACAUACUGACGCCAACGAGUAACGGCAAGGCGGAGGCGUACCACAUGUUGUCUUGGAAUCCGUAUUUUCUCCAGGACACCAAGAAGUUGCAGUACCGUACCAGAUCAGCGGUAUCCAAGCCAGACUACAACGGCAUAGUGGAGCUGAACAUCGUGGUAUUUCCAAGCGCCAGAAUCGGAAAAAUGAAGACGUGCCCACGGGCGUUCGUGUCCUCAGAAAACCGUAUCGAUGGUUCUGACCCCAACACGUAUCCGUUCGUCACAGGCGGACUUAAAUUGCCGGACCCAUGGCUCGACUGGUUGAUGAAGGGUGGUGUAGCCGUUAUACCAAGGCUGCUGGUGGGCGAUUACAUCGGAGCGAUAAACGUCAUACCUGAAAACAGCAAAGGGCAAACAGAAGAAACAGCUGAGUCUACGUUACGGUCAGCUAGUAUUAUCACUCCGAGACUCAGCACGUAUAAAGACAAUGUGCGAGAACAUAACAUCAGCGUUCACUCUAAUCUUGGACGCACUGAAUCGAGCGGCACCAGCAAGGAAGUGUUCAGCACUGCCGCCGGGGACAGAGAGGUUGAUGAUCAGACACGUCCAUGCGGACAGUAACAUUACCAACCAUCCUGUCGGAGGUGUGACCAUUUGUGUGCCGGAAAUACACAAGUACGUUCAGAUAAAGAGGUUAAUUAAGAACACACCAGACAUACUCAUAUCACCAGACUUAUCCAUAAAACCGAACUUUGAUCAAGCGCGUCUAACGUCCUUGUUACGUUGCAGAUCGGUGUACUCGAAGACACAUCCACACAGCACGUUCGACAACCCGAUGUCGUGUUACCUUCAGGUUCUGGAAGAGGUCAUCCCUGAUAGUGACCACCCCACCCUGAUACUUUACCGAUGGAUAAUGUCGCAGACCUAUGCAAUAGUAUAGGGUAUGGACAUUUGUAUACCCUAUUUCCCUUAAAUUCUGUUAAAAUUCCUAUAUAUAUAUCCCGAUCUGGAUACAUAUUCUCUUUAUCCGAAGGAAUACUUUAUAACAUUUAGAUAUCCUUGGAGUCUGAGAUGCCAUGAAUCGAACCCAUCCCGAAGAGAGCAAGCCCGAACAUACCCAUCAUAUACUGAAACUCACUUUCGACAUCAAAAUAUACUGAAAAGUAUACAAGCGGUAUAAACGGUCACUCUCUCUCGACAACGUUUUUUAAACUGUUUCGCGUUUUUU